AUGGCAAACAGCCCGGGGUUGGAGCUCGAGGCGGUCGUCAUCGACCGGGACGCCAUGCGGGCCAUAUCAUCCAAACUUCGGCAUCAGUCGCACACCUCUUAUUCCCAUACGACACCGAUAGAGCUAGAAGCCAGCCAUCGGCCGUGCAAACGACGCAAGCCCGCUUCGGCACCGUCGUCGAGCCAGGUUGCUAUGCACGGGAUACCGCCAGCAAGCCAGCCGCCGACACCGCUGUCGACGCUCUCGACCAUCCCAUCGUUAUCCGCUCGGCCAGUCAGUGUCGUCGAUCCGGCAGAGCUGACCAUCUACUCGCUUUCGCACCUCUUCGCCGAUGCCUGUGGAUCGGACCCGUCGGCAUACCCUGGCUCGGUGCCAUGGCAAGAAAACUUUUGUGUCCGCUCACAGCGGCUGAAGAAGCUGCUUGUCCGGACCCGCUGCACACUUCCCCUUCUGAUCAUCUCGUUCUUCAACACAUCGAAAUUCGAGACUGCGCGGCAGUCGCUGACAUCCCGCGGCCUCUCGGCGGGGCCAUCAAGCUCGCUGAAAGACGUCUUGUCGCUGCACAUCGAUACAAUCUUUGCCGUUUCGCUCAUCGUGUCGCAAAAGUACCACCAAGACAACCGCUACUCGAACCGGACCUGGUCCACCUUGCUGAACAUUGGCGACGUAGAGAUACUCAACCGCUACGAACGGGGCUUCCUGGAGCUGAUCGAGUGGAAGGUGCACAUGAGCCAAGCCGAGUACACCACAUGGUGCAAUAUCAUCGGCCGCUUGCGUGCCGACUACGGCUGUCUGGUCAACAGCAGCCACAGCCCGAGCUUUACAGGGGCGCCUUUGACCCCAAAUAGCGAGUGA